CAUCCUUUGAAGAAGGACUGAAGGCACCCAAAAUGCACCAGAGAGUCUCUCAGCAUCAGUCAGUGACCAGCCCGGUUGACAUACGGCUACAAACAUGAACUACCCCCUAACCCUGGACAUGGACCUUAUGAACUACAACCUGGAGGACGUGUACAGAGAACUAGGCAACUACAGCGACAGCACUGAGAGUCCCACAGUGGAAAAUCACCUCUGCUCCACCGUCGAGGGGCCCCUCCUGACCUCCUUCAAGGCUGUGUUCAUGCCGGUGGCCUAUGGCUUUAUCUUCCUCCUGGGUAUGAUGGGCAACAUCCUGGUGCUGGUGAUUCUGGAGCGGCACCGGCACACACGCAGUUCCACGGAGACCUUCCUGUUCCACCUGGCGGUGGCCGACCUCCUGCUGGUCUUCAUCCUGCCUUUCGCCGUGGUAGAGGGCUCUGUGGGCUGGCGCCUGGGCACUGUCCUCUGCAAGACUGUGAUCGCCCUGCACAAGAUCAACUUCUACUGCAGCAGCCUGCUCCUGGCCUGCAUCGCCGUGGACCGCUACCUAGCCAUUGUCCACGCCGUCCACGCCUACCGCCACCGCCGCCUCCUCUCCAUCCACAUCACCUGUGCCACCAUCUGGGGGGCGGGGUGCUUCUUCGCCUUGCCGGAGAUCCUCUUCGCCAAAGUCAGCCAACCCCACCACAACGACUCCCUGCCCCGCUGCACCUUCUCCCAGGAGAACAGGGCUGAAACCAACGCCUGGUUCACCUCCCGCUUCCUCUACCACGUCGGAGGGUUCCUGCUGCCCAUGCUGGUGAUGGGCUGGUGCUACGUCGGGGUGGUGCACAGACUGUGCCAGGCCCAGCGGCGCCCUCAGAGGCAGAAGGCAGUCAGGGUGGCCAUCCUGGUGACGAGCGUCUUCUUUCUCUGUUGGUCACCCUACCACAUCGUCAUCUUCCUGGACACCCUGGCGAGGCUGAAGACCGUGGGCUACAGCUGUGAGCUCAACAGCUACCUCUCGGUGGCCAUCACCAUGAGCGAGUUCCUGGGCCUGGCCCACUGCUGUCUCAAUCCCAUGCUCUACACUUUCGCGGGCGUGAAGUUCCGCAGCGACCUGUCGCGCCUUCUGACCAAGCUGGGCUGUGCCGGCCCCGCGUCCCUUUGCCAGUUGCUCCCCACAUGGCGCAAGAGCAGCCUCUCGGAGUCCGAGAAUGCCACCUCCCUCACCACCUUCUAGGUCCUGGCCCCCCUCGGGCCUGCCUUCCGUGGGGGUGCGGUGUUGCAGGAACCCCUUCCAGCAGGAGCUGGGACCCUAGGAGAUGGGACCCCCACUCUCCUCAUC